AUGGACGUCGAGCUGUAUGUUUAUGACCUCUCCCAGGGUCUUGCGCGUAUGUACUCGCAACCCUUGACGGGAACCCAGAUAGACGCAAUCUAUCACACGGCACUUGUGCUCAAUGGCGUGGAGUACUUUUUUGGCCAAGGCAUCCAGACCGCCAAUCCCGGCACCACUCACCAUGGCCAGCCCAUGGAAAAGGUGCACAUGGGACAAACAGAGCUUCCGAAUGAAGUGAUUGAGGAAUACCUCGGAUCUUUAGCCACGAUCUAUACACCCGAGUCCUAUGAUCUCUUUCUUCAUAAUUGCAACAACUUCACCCAGGACUUUGCCAUGUUCCUAGUUGGAAAAAGUAUUCCGGAGCACAUCCGCAACCUGCCGCGUACAUUUUUAGAUACUCCGUUCGGGCAGAUGAUGAAGCCACAGAUUGAGAACGCCUUGCGGGGGUCCACACAGGGCACUGGUCCCGGCACCUUUCCUGGGCCCAGCUUUCAGCCACAGGCUGCACAGCAACCAAGGGCCACACAACAUCCAGCGCCCGCCUCGGUCCGCAAUGUCAGCAGCCUAUCUCAGCUAGAGAGUGAAUUAGCCGCGGCAUCAAACACGUGCGCCGUCAUAUUCUUUACCUCGUCAACAUGCCCGCCAUGUAAGGUCGUCUAUCCGACCUAUGAUCAGCUGGCGGAAGAGGCGGGCGAUCGAGCUAGACUCAUCAAGGUCGAUAUUGGCUCAGCCUACGAUGUCAGCAUGAAGUACGGCGUGCGCGCCACGCCGACUUUCAUGACAUUUUUGAAAGGGCAAAAACUAGAUCAGUGGAGCGGUGCCAACCCAGGCCAGCUCUCAGGGAAUGUCCGCAUGCUCUUGGAGAUGGCAAAUCCAACCCAUCCUCAUCGUCAACUAAGAUUGCCCAGCUUACAGCGGCCUAUCUCCAACUUUGUUACCUAUAAGAAGGUUCCACCGCUGGAUAAGCUUGUGCAAAAGCUUCCUGCAUCAUUCCGAGAGACACCGGACGUCGCUUCAAUCAUAGACUUUGUCAAACAGCGCCAGUCUGCCAGUAAUGGUAAUACCCCAAUUGCAGACAUCAGAGUUCCAGACCUUCAUGCUUUCGCGACGUCAUUGCAAUCAACCUACACAACACUCCCCAGUGACUCCCUCUUCGCAGUCGUCGACCUGGUCCGCCUACUCUUCCUCGACCCCCGCGUCAGCGGUUACUUCGCCGAGGAGGCCCAGCACAAGACCCUCCUCACACUUCUAUCCCCUCUAUCCGCCGACGAUCUCUCCAACUGCCCUUACAACCUACGCAUCGUUGCCCUCCAGCUAUCCUGCAACCUCUUCAGCAUGCCAUUAUACCCCGACCAACUAACCUCACCGACCUCGCUCCUCCGUGAAACCACUCUACGCCUGGCAAUCAACUCCCUCCUGGACUCGCACUCCAACCUCCGCGUCGUGGCAGCAUCCUUCGCCUACAACCUCGCAGCCUACAACCAUAACGCCCGCUUCGAUGGGAAUCCCGAUCCCCUCACAGAGGAAGAUCAGGUCGAGAUUACGGCAUCAUUGCUGGAGGCCAUCUCUCGCGAGGACCAGAGCAUCGAGGCUCUACACGGCCUUUUGUUCGCACUCGGUCUAUUUGUCUACGAAGCCCCGCUUGACGGGGCCCUGGUUGAUCUUUGUCGAGCGAUGGGUGUCGCUGAUACCGUGCGGGCCAAGUCCAAGAUCUCGGCCGUGCAGAAGGAACCGCUUCUCAAGGAGAUUGGUGGUGAAUUGCUUGGCAAAGGGCUAUGA